GGCGAAACCAGUUAGUCGUCUCCCAGAGCAGCCAGAGUAACGCCUCGAUUCUCGAUUCUCGCCGAUCCACCGUUUCGCCGCGAUCGACAGUGCUACAUACAGUUCCCAACGGGACCGAGCGAUAAAGAUAAAAGUGCAAAAACAAAGCGCACUUAGAUAAAGAUAUCGAAGUUCCCAUGCCGAGGCACAGUGCAAGUGAAGUGAAACGAGAACGCAGUUUUCACUAGGAAACAGAAAAGUGCUGUGACUGAUACUGAGAGUCGGAGUCAGAAUCAGAAACAGAAACAGAAACACAAUCACAAUCAGAAUGCAAAUGUGUCGAGCAUAAAAUCGCAAAGCGUGAAAAUCGACUAGAGUUCCCGAACGAUAUAUGUACAUCCACUCGAACCAACAGUGUGUUGCCAGCCAAGUGAAACUAAGUGCGCAAGCGAUCCGAAUGACUAUGACUUCAACGGUGCUCCAGCGGCCAAUUCCAGCCAAGUCAGAGAGACACCAUCACCAGUCCGGUGCCAACGCGAAGGCCUCCAAGUCAGCCACCUCCACCAGAAGUCGCUCCACGAUGGCCUGGUCCAACGAGAAGCUCCGCUUCUCCUGCAUCGACAACAUCGGCCUCAAGCAGCUGUGGAAACUGAUUGCCCUGGAUACGAGUGCCAGUGCUACCUCCAAGCAGCGCAAUGCCAUGAUGUUGGAUGUGGAGCAACAGCAGCAGCAGCAGCAGCAACAACACCAGCAGCAACAGCAGCAGCAAAAGCAGCAGCAACAAUCGAACAAUAACAACGAGCGGAUUCCCUAUGAGAACUGCGACAACUUGGCCGACUAUUUGAGUCUCCAAAGAGCGACCCAGGCCCAGAGGAACCACAUCCAAUCCCAGGCCCCGGCCCAGAUGUCCCUGCUGAAGUUCUUGGCCAUUAAUGCCCUAGAGCUGAGCGCCCCAGCUACGCCACAUCUUCUCCAGCACCAGCAAACGCAAACGCAGACGCAGGCAAAGCCCCAGGGCUGGAUGCAGCUUUCCGGUCACCCAGAGAGCAUUGUGCCCACGUCCACUGGCAUUGUCCGUAAACGCAUCACGGGCUUCGAGGACAGCGAGGUGCAAGCCUACCGACUGAUCUGCCAGGAGCCACAGACCGCUCAGAUAGUGCCCGCCUACUUUGGAAUACAGGAGGUGCAGGCACAGCACUACAUUGAGCUGCAGGAUCUGCUGGCUGGAUUCCGGGAUCCGUGUGUGAUGGACAUCAAGAUGGGCAGCCGCACCUUCCUCGAAUCUGAGGUCAGCAAUGCCACCCUGCGACCGGAUCUCUAUCAGAAGAUGAUCGCCGUGGACGCUGAAGCUCCAACGCCGGCGGAGCACGAAGCGAGGGCCAUUACUAAGCUGCGAUACAUGACCUUCCGCGAGUCCCUGUCGUCCUCGCACUCCAAGGGCUUCCGGAUCGAGGCGCUGCGUCUGCGCGGACGGCCGCCUGUUAAGGACUUGAAGACCUGCCGGAGCAGCGAGCAGAUCGUCCAGACCAUCGAACAGUUCCUGGCCGCCCGGCGAUCCGUGCAGAAGGAGCUGCUGAAGCGACUGAAGCACAUGCGCCUGGUCAUCGAGCAGUCGUCGUUCUUCGCCCGCCAUGAGAUCGUUGGCUCCAGCAUCUUCAUCGUCUACGAUGAUGAGAGGGUCGGCGUGUGGCUGAUCGACUUUGCCAAGUGCCGGGAGCUGCCACCGCAGGUUAGGGUGGACCAUCGCAGCGCUUGGGCGCCGGGCAACCGGGAGGAGGGCCUGCUCCGCGGAAUGGACGAGCUCAUCCGCUCCUUCGAGGAGGUUUACGCCCGCUGCGGUUCGCAUCGCAGCUGCCUUAAAAUCUAAUGGAUGGAUCGAUAGCAACUGCAGCUGGAUCUGCACCGAAAGACUGAUCACCCAAGCUCCAUUUGUACAGAGAGAAGUAGAAGAAGAAACAAGGAUUCAUCGCAUCGCCCGGACUGAGCUCCACCUUAUAUUACCUACUUGUUCCAUAUUGGAAAACCCUGGCUUCAGCUCGGUUACCUUUAGAAAGAGUAAGACUAGCUGGAGAUGAAAAAAACGAUUAGUAUUGAUCACCAAGCAGCAUUUGUUUGAUUGAAACAGGUCUAAAAUAAGUAUUUGUAAAUGAAAUCUAAAUUAAAAAACAAGAAUUAAAAUAUCUUAAGAAUA